CUAAGAUACCGAUCCAUAUGAUAAAAUAAGCUAUUUCAAGCUGCGUGUGGUCAUUCUUCGUUGGAGGUCCUUUAACCAUGGCUCGUCUAGUGGCGUGUGUACUGCUGCUGGCUGUAUCCUCGACGUACGGCCGUCAUGAACAAUAUGAGGGUCACCAGUUAUUCCAAAUCCGUGGACCCCAGAGAGAGCUUGCAACUCUAGGUGCUAAAGGAGCUCUAGACCUGCUCUCAACUAAGGCGUCUACAUCGGGUGUUCUAGAAGCAAUGGUGAAACUGUCUCCUGAAGAGAGGCAGCAAUGGUUGCCGUACUUCGAUCAGAGGGAGAUCACGUACACCAAGAUUGCUGAUAACCUUGCUGAGAUUUUGCGGAAAGAAGAGCAAGAAAUCGAGCUCAGCAGGCUGGCGGCCGCGCGCAGCGGCGAGGGGAUGUCCUGGGACACCUACUACGACUAUGAAGCCAUCAACAACCAUUUGGAUGAAUUAGCGAGGCAGAACCCUGGCUUGGUGACCGUUAUCAACGCCGGCCUGACCUUCGAAGGUCGUCAGAUCAAAUACGUGAGGAUCUCUACGACCCGUUUCGAAAACGAGCUGAAGCCAGUGAUCGUGAUCGACGCCGCCGUGCACGCCCGCGAGUGGAUCACCCCGCCGGUCGCUCUCUACAUCAUUGAUCAGCUCAUCAGCCAUCCUGAUGAUGAGUUGACAACUGAAAUUGACUGGAUAAUCAUUCCCCUGGCUAACCCCGAUGGUUAUGAAUACAGCAUGAACUCGGACCGUCUGUGGCGUAAAACCCGGUCUCGCGUCCACACUGGAUCCGACGAAUGCCCCGGAGUCGACGGCAACAGAAACUUCGACCACUACUGGGGCACCAGCGACUCGGCUAACGACCCUUGCACCAUCGUCUACGAGGGUCCAGCGCCCUUCUCUGAACCAGAGACCAGGGUGAUCAGGGAUGCGGUGAUGCGUCAGGUCAACAGGACUCCUCUGUACAUUUCCUUGCAUAGCUACGGGAAUAUGUUUUUGUAUGCUUGGGGUAAUAAUGGAACCCUCCCAGAAAACGGCCUUAUCCUCCACUUGGCUGGCGUCCGCAUGGCUCAAGCCAUCGACGCUGUAGCUCUGGACAAAUCUGAGCCGUACAUCGUCGGGAAUGCCGCUAAUGUCCUCUACUACACCACUGGAACUUCGAGAGACUGGACCAAAUCCGUAGGCGUGACCAUGACCUACACCCUCGAGCUGCCCGGCUAUGAAUACGGGUUCAUCGUCCCUCCGCAAUACAUCAAGCAGGUGGUCACAGAAACAUGGGCCGGCAUUGCUGAAGGUGCUCGCUAUAUUCUCAGUUGGUAAUGUGAUAAUAAUAAUCUCGUUUAGUCAAUAAACUGAUCAUAAUCAAAA